AUGAAACAGGCAGCUGCAAAGUCAUUCCUGAGGAGGCUUUGUCCGAACAUUAAUAAAGAAGAUGGAUUGGAGACUGUUCUUGAAAUACCUAUACCCGAAGAAAUGUUCGCAGCCAUGGGAACCAACGUGACAUUGCGGUGGCAGAACAUGUUAACAUGGAUGAAGGGUCAAACCGAGGACAAAUUAUCAUCCCCUACAGUUGCAGCACGCUUGAAUGAGCUUCGAUUUCUGCUUUACCUUGUUGGAUCUCCUCUUAUCCCUCUUCAGGUUCAAUUAGGCCAUUCCGUCCACCGUCCAGUCAGAGAUUGUUCUAUUGAAGCAUCAACGGCCAAAUAUAUAGUGCAACAAUAUAUAGCGGCAACAGGAGGACAACCAGCUUUGAAUGCAGUGGAUAGUAUGUGUGUAAUGGGGCAGAUCAAGAUUAGUGCGUCAGAUUUUCACCAAACCAGUGAAAGCAUUGAAGUGAAGAAAACCUCUGAAGAGAUUGGAGGGUUCGUUUUAUGGCAAAAGGAUCCAGAUUUGUGGUGUUUAGAGCUGCUUGUGUCCGGUUGCAAGGUUUGUUGCGGUAGCAAUGGCAAGAUCUCAUGGCGUCAUUCCUCUAACCAACAAACCCCCAUUUCAAGAGGUGCUCCAAGACCUCUUCGUCGUUUCCUUCAGGGAUUGGAUCCGAGGGCCACAGCUAAUUUAUUUUCGGAUGCCGCAUGCAUAGGAGAGAAAAUAAUCAAUGAUGAGGAAUGCUUCAUACUGAAGUUGGAAACAAGCCCAGCAAUUCGUGAGGCACAAAGCGGUUCAAACUUUGAGAUCAUUCACCACACUAUAUGGGGCUAUUUCAGCCAGAGAUCUGGUCUCUUAGUUCAAUUCGAAGACUCUAGAUUACUUACAAUGAGAACCAAAGAUGAUGAUGACAUUUUCUGGGAAACAAGUCUAGAGUCAGUAAUUGAGGAUUAUAAGUACGUGGAUGGGAUAAAUGUGUCACAUAGUGGCAGCACUCGAGUCACAGUUUCCAGAUAUGGUGAGCAAUCGGCUAACCACAAAAGAGAACUCGAAGAGAGGUGGAAGAUCGAAGAAGUUGAUUUUAAUAUAUGGGGUUUGACUGCUGAAAGCUUUUUGCCUCCCUCAAACUUAGGAAAGACACAAAAUAGUUUGGAAUAG